AUUCAGCCGUGUAAAUAAGCGUUGACGCGCACGCGAAGAAAACGACCGAAACGGCGCUUAAAGUCGUGUAUAGGUUGGACCCAAAGCGCUUUCCGCGAUGCUUCCCGCUGCUGCGGUUUUUCACUUCCCAUGGGAAAUAAACUCUGGAGCAGUGAAGGAUGGAGAGUCUGUCAGAACAUUCGGAAGGCUUGUCUGCUAUCAGCCUGAGGAGUCCAGGGCUACGCUGUCCGCUCACCAUGCUGCGAACGAGCACACUGUGGUCAUCCACACGUUGUUUGUGGAGCCUUUUAAUCCAAUACUUGGGGCCCAGUAUCUUGUUCUGGGUGAGAUAGAAAACGCUGAGGAGGUUGAUGUGAGGGUCCAGGCUCGUGUACUGAACUGCAUCGAUGGUGUAAAUGUUGCUCUUCUGCAGAAAGCUAUCAAUGAGCAGAGGAGCUUCUUCAGGGAACGGGAGUGCACACAAGAUGGCGUUGCACAGCCUGGAGAUGCAACCUGAUCAAGUUCUUUAUUCAUCAUACCUAAGCCACAGCACUGGACCCUAAGCUGUUUGAUAAAGUGCCCUCUGCUCUUUAGUAUAAUGUACAAUACUAUGUGUUGCUAUGCAACAUAGAUAUAAUCAUAAACUGUCUGUUAAUUCAAUUGACCUAGAUGAUACUUUUGUUUUUAGGAAAAGUGCCUAUUCACCAGUAACGUUUUUGGUUUCUGAUGAGCUUUCUUGAGAAAAGACAAUACUUUUUAAUACAAAACUUGCUUUUUUU